AGUAAAAAAAAAAGUCAUUAAAUAUUAAUUUAUAUAAUAAAGGGAGUGGUGGUUUCUGAUCGAAGUUGGUUUCUCGGCUGUGAAAGAUAAGAUGGAGCAUAAUAAGAAGGAGGAGGUUUCUAGUGUAUAUUGUGACCAGAUCCCUCGUUUAUCUGCAAAUUAUCCAUGGUUUGUUGUUCAGGACAUGGAUGAUAACAUGGAUGUCCACAUUUUCUCCACAUUACAAAACCCAUUAUAUAAAUAUCAAUGUCGAAUCCCUGACCUGAUCGGGAGGCGUAUUUGGAGAUGUUUCCAUGGCUGGUUGAUUCUCUCCAACCAUCCUCACAACAAUGUGUGGUCUUUGUAUAACCCAUCCACUUCUAAUGUCAUAUCCCUGCCUCCCCUGAUUCUGAAAGAUGGAGAUUAUCAAUCUAUCAGCGAAUGCUGUUUGUCAGCCCCACUUGAUGAUCCCAAUUCAGUUUUCUUGUUAACGAGAGUCAAUAAGCCUACCUUUGUUUUCUGUCAGAUAUCACGUAGAAUAAAGAAAAGCCUAAGAAAGAAGCCAAGGUGGACUGAGAUGUCAUACUCUAAUCAACUUAAGAAAUUCACAUUGGAUGGUGAAUUACUGUAUAGCCUGACCUGUUGCAAUGGUAAAGUAUAUGCCUUAAAUAGCGACUCUGUUAUGUCUGAGGUUUUCAUACAGGUUGAUAUUGUAGUUAAGGAUAGUGAAGUUUUGAUAAAGCUACUGUUCUUUGGAACAAAUCCGUCUCUUUCUUUCUUUCGAUGUAAACACUGGAUUCAUUUCCUGAAAGGAUCCGGUUCGGAAUUAUUUUACAUCGCAGUAGGUUUUCUUGACGAAAAUAAAAAAACACCCGAUGAUGUGCUUUUGUUUAGAUUGGACCUGACUAGAAUAAACUGGGAAGAGAUGGAAGGUCUCAAAUAUUGGGACAUGACUGGUUUGACAUAUGAUGACUUGGAUAAUUUUGGAAUAGACGACUUCCAAUACUUGCAAAUUGCUAAAUCAAUGUGGGAUAAAGUGCAAGAUCUUAAAGUCGCCAAUUUUUUUGUGAAUCUUGGUCGUGAUAACUCAAUAUCUUACAGCCCUGCAAUUGCCUCAGAGUUUGGGGGUUUUGUACACAUUCGUGACAAAAUUGACAACGUAAUUUAUUCGUACAAUGUCAACAAUCAGACCAUCAUCUUAUGUCCUUUAUCUUCUCCAUUGCUCCCAACAAGCCAUAUGAUGUUAUGGGAAUGCAGUUUACAAGGUGAUAACGAAGAAGCCAAAUCCAUAGUUGAUAUUAAAAAAGAAGAGGAUGCAAUAGCAGUAAAAUCAGUUACAGAUGACCCCAUUGGUAUUGAUGAUUCAGGCCUUCUUUGUGUCCCACUUGAUAUUUUGGCAGCGCUUAUGGAGUUUUGUGUUGGUGUGGAAUACAUGACCUUCCGUGCUACAUGCAAACGUUGUCAUCUUGCAGCACCUGUAAGACAAUGGAGUGACAAAACAGCAUUAAGUAGACUGCAAAAUUAUUCUUUAUUGUCACCGUGGCUGAUGGCUAUGCAAAUGUUGGGGGAUGAGUACUAUAUGAAGAAUUCACAGAUAUCGGUAAAUAAUGAGACAAUUUAUUGUUCCAGGUUUGGUUGGUUGGUGUUUGAAAUAAGUGACUUACACAUAGCGUUCUUUAACCCUUUCACAAAUGAUCUCCGUGAGCUUCCAAAUCUGCGUUUUCGUUUUGAAAGCUUAUGUUUCUCAGCCCCGCCUACUUCUCCUGAUUGUAUGGUGGUUGGAUUUAAUACUAUUAUCACAUGGAGCGUUUUCAUUCAUUUCGUAGCUCGGGAACCAACCUGGCGUAAGUUCCAUUUAGGCCCUGAUCCACUGUCUCUUUGUUUUCCAACAUUAUUUGGCCGGGGUCUUUAUGCCUUAUCAACCAACAGAGAUCUUGUUAUUUUUAAUAAUGUGGGCGAAGAAGAUAUUGCUUGGAAAAUUUUCGAAGCCAAAGCACCGACAAGUUCUUGCAGAUCUCCAGUACAAUAUUACUUGGUAAAAUGUGCUGAACAUCUAUUACUAGUCAUUGUGGGUGGGAUUGGAGAACCCAUUGAGAUAUUCAAACCUAACGACUCUACACAAGAAUGGGAAAAGGUAGAUGGUAUAGGAAAGCACAUGAUUUAUAUCUGUGAUACGACAUGUCUAUGCAUAGAAGCCAAAACUCGAGAAAUGGAGAAUAAGAUCUACCUUCCUAAACUAUCAUCUACAAACGGAAAGAUAGUGUUUUAUUCGCUGGAAACAUGCACGUUUCACACUUUUAAUGGCAAUAACGUCCAAGAAGAGGUAAGGGGUGUCUCAAAUGUUGCACAUCUUUCUGCUCAUGCAUGGGUUGAACCAAGCUGGUUGUGCUGAUUUUCUUAUUUGUAUUUUACUUUUAUUUUAUUUUUAUCUUAGACUUUCUUAUUUGUGUCCGCGUUAAGUCACUUGGUAGAGUCUUAUGCCUCUUUAGGGUCUAGUUAAUGCUUCAACUUAUCGCAUAGGUAUAUUUGAGUAGAAAAAUGUAACGGUCAGCGGUUGUAAAAUAAGACUUGGAUAUUAUUAUUAUAUUUAUUGUCUGUAUUAAUAAA